AUGAAAUUUUUCAUAUGUUCUUUGGACCUUAUAAUUUUAAUUAUUGAGCGAUUUAACAAAAUUUAAAUUUAAAUAUAAGUAUAUAUUAUUAUAGGCUGUAUUGAUUUUAUUAAGAAUAACUCAUUAAGAAAAUAAAUCCACUAUUUUACAAGAAAUAGAUAAGAUUGA